UGUUACGAAAAGACGAGUCAGUUUGGUUCGUCGACAAUUGCGUGACAUUGCAGAAACGAAACUCUUCCGUAAACCUUGCUGAGAAACGAAACCUACACCUAUCAGAGAGCUCUUUUUUUUGUUGCACACGCUGUUGAGGACGGGUGUAAGGAUCUUACCGCUCUAAAUCCUCUCACACUGCCGAAGCGCACAAGAAGAUGAUUUCGGUGCUGCUUAACGUUCUUGUGCUGAUGUCGGUGUGGGGCCUAACUGGGGCAAGAUAUCGAACAACCCCAUCAGGCCCCUCCACCUUAGACCUGCGUGGUCAGGUGUUUACAGUGACAUAUAGAGGGGAACUCACCAUGUACACAGAUGCGAUCUCUCCCUCGCCCUCUCCCUACUCCUCUCCCUCCCCUUCUCCCGACUCCUCUCCCUCCCCUUCUCCCUACUCCUCUCCCUCCCCUUACUCCUCUCCCUCCCCUUCUCCCUACUCAUCUCCCUCUGCUUCUCCUUCCUCAUCCACCACCUUGAAUCCCUACACCUCGUAUCCCUACACUACCUCCUCUCCCACUCCCUCUGCUCUGACUGUGUGUCUGCGUUACAUGGCCGAGGAGGGAAAAGACUUGACUCUCUUCAGCCUCACUCAGGGGAACUACUGGAACCUUUUACUGAAAAGGUAUUAUGGGAUGGACCACCUCUCCAUCUAUUCCUCCUCCCAGGACUUUCGCUCCUAUAAGCUGCUCAUGGGCGUCACAGAGCCACGCCCCUGGACCAGCCUGUGUGUUACCUGGGAGAAAAAGACAGGCCUGGCCCAGGUGUGGAGAGGCGGGACUGUCAGCGUCAGGAAGAGGGUGUUUGGCCAGGUGACCAAUGGGCCUCCUGUCUUGAAAGUGUAUAAGUUUGAGGGUCAGGUAACUGACGUGGAAGUGUGGGACAGAGUCCUCUCCCCAAGAUGGAUAAUGGGCUACAUGUGUGGGUGGCAGUCCUACUGGUCCUACAGCCCUGGUAAUGUGCUGACCUGGUCCAAGGCCAUCUACUCCACCAAUGGAGAGAUCUUUCUGGAGGAAAACACUUAUAACUCUGACCAUCAGUCUAUCAGAGGCCACGACCAGCGCCCAGGACCAAUGAAAAGGAAGACAAAGAGAAAGUUUGAAUGGAGGAAGAGUGAGAAUGCAGAGCAGAGACAGAGGGCAUGGCUGUAGGGGAGAGUAGUGAUUGCCACCACUGGCGAUUUUAACUUGUAAAUCUUGUUGGGGCAAAAAAUAACAAAAGUGGGAUGCAUGCCAGCAAAUCCACAACACUAAACAAUACAUUAAUUGCACUAUAACGGUGACAAACGGUGCCCACAAACGGCCUAUAUA